ACCACAAACACAAUUAUAGCUUUAAAAACUCAGGGAAAAUGGGACUUUUAAAAUGCUGGAUAUAGAUUGCACUGCAUGUUGCAUGCUUAUUUUCCUCAAAAGCAUAAUUAAUGAAAGUCAACGUGUCAUAAUAACAACGAAAUACACUUCUAACCACAGCUCAACAGCAACAGUUACAGUACAACCAUACAGAGUUUGUGAUGCAAUCUUUGAAUGUCUGCUGAACGAAUGUUCCAGAAAACACCCGAAUCACUGAACUAUACUUAAUGACAGAACUUGCACCAUAGUUGGCUAACAAAGCUUUUGGAAAACGCGCCCCUAUAAGGCAAGCACUCUUACUGGUACAAGAUUGCACAUGUUACAUCCCAUCUCUGUCUGCAGUGUUCAAUUUCAGGAAGUUUGAACCCAAUAAAUACUCUACGCAGUGCCCUACUGACACCUGAAAAAUAUCUCACCUGUGACACCUGAAAACUCACUGAAAAGCCAAACUUCAAAAUGCUUAUUAACCUGCUGAAAAACUCACAUGGAGAGAAUGUUUAUAGUAACUGGGAGUUGACGCAGAACGGUGGAGAUCAAUGGCAAAUUGAACCGACGCCAUUUGAUGCAGUGGCUGCAUACUUCUGCACCUCAUUUCAGCCGUGUUUAAAAAAACAAGUGAUUGAUCUGGUGCAAAGCGGUUAUGAUGCUGCAUAUUUAGAUUCUGCGCCUGAAGUGAUUAUGAGGGACUGGUACAGCACUCGUGGUGACUGUGGGGGCAUUUAUAGGCUUACUGUGUCACUGCUCAAUGCAAGUCGAGCUGUCAUUGCUACAUUUAAGCCGGCUGAUGUGACUGUGCCCCAGGGUACCAACUGGACAGAGGUGACACACACAUUUACAGGUUAUGGUCCUGGUCUACGCUUCAUCUCUUUUGAACAUGGUGGUCAAGACGAUAAAAACUGGAAAGGCUGGUAUGGAGUGAGAGUCACUGGAAGUUCUGUCACCAUAGCCCCAAAACCCUAAUAUGUGAUUCAAUAAUGUUACUGAUUGGUCAGAACUUUGCUUUUGACUAUACUAUAAAUAUAAAUAAAUAGUAAAGUAACAUUACAGAAUCUAUACGGCUAAACUUUGCUGAAAAAGCAAAGCCUUUUCUUACUUUUUUUAAGAUUUAAAUGCAUAUUCUGAAUACAAAUACAUAAACUUAUCUCUGAAUGAAAAUGAACAUGUGUGAGGGAAUAAUUUAAAUUAUUUUCUGCUGUCAGUACAGAGCUUAAUAAAGUCUCCAUGUGGUGAAAA